AUGGCGAGAACUAGAAAUGGAUCCAAAAAGUCCUCAGCCAAGGAGGAUAUAACAUUGAGGUCGACUGCAUCGAUAUUCAAAAAUGCCGAUCCAGCGCUUCUUGAAGAGGAGGACAAGAAGAAGAAAGUAGCUGAGGUCAACCCCGAUAAGGAACCCUUGGGCAAUGCCCAAGAUGAUAUCGAUAACGCUGGGUUCCCAUUUAAUUACCUUUACAAGUUUCAAGAUUUCUUGAACGAACAUGUCAAUCUCUUAAAGGGGGUGCAAUUGCUCCUCAUUGGGUUUUUCAUGCAAUUGAUUUAUUUGAGACAAGACAAAUUUGAUCAUUUAAAACUGACACUACCAAUGAUUUGCUUUAGUGGUAUUGGGAUAGUUGCGUGUACUGUACUUAGUAUAGUCAAGAGCAAACUGGACAAACUCCACGUACCCGAUUUCAAUUACUUUUAUUGUGUCUUGUUACCAUCAUUGAUUGGUAUUGUGCAUUUCGAUCGUAAUUGGAUUAUUGUCAACUGUGCUCUCAAUUAUUUCAUUGUUGAUCAAAUGAAUGCUAUUUUCAACUUGAUUUCAAGUGUGAUCUUCUUUGAAAUUUAUAAAGAAGACUCAAAAGCUACCUUGGAUACUUUUCAGUUUAUUCAGAUUGCUGCAGCACAUUUUUUCCUCAGUUUUGCGUUAAAUUAUAUCAAUGAUGCCAAUAUUCACAAUCUGGAGGAUGAGGGUGUGGCUGAAGGCAAACGUUCUUUGAAGAAGUCGGAGAUACAACUUAUAUGCUUGUUACUUGUGAAUAUAUUAUUCAACCAUGGUUUAGUGAAUCAAGCAUUACCUUUACAGAUAUUUCAAAAGUUGUUAGUCAGCUUUGUGGUUACUGGACUCUUUGCUUAUCCUAUCUAUACGUAUUUACCUGGAUUGGUAAAUAUUGCAUUAUUUGGGGGUAUUUUCUGCUACUUGACUAUAUACCAAUUGGACUGUGUUGUUGGAAAAAACGCAUUAUCCUGGUUACUAGAGUACAUUGAGAAUGACGCGGAAAAGAUUUACUUGUUGAAGAUUUGGAUCAGUCUGGCAAUUGUUGUAAUUCCAUUGGUUUUCCUCUUUGCCGAUUCGUUCAGUUUGAAUGUGAGAAGAAAAAUUUGGCAUCUAUAUGUGAUUUUCGCGUUGACGUUUUCCCCCGAGAUACUAUUCAGUGAAACUCAAUUCACCUUGAUUGCAUUGCUUGGUAUGAUCAUAGUCUUUUUAAUAGUUGAAGUUCUCAGACUUAAUCAGGUCAGCUUCAUAGGUAAAUACUUGCACAACGUGCUUGAUAAGUUCCAAGAUCUGAAAGACAAACAAGGACCAUUGAAUUUGUCUUAUAUCUAUUUGCUUGUGGGAGUUACUACCCCGGUGGUUUACGAUUAUCUUGUACACGGAGAAAAGACAACCAUAAUACGGUAUAUCGGGCCUAUUACUUUAGGGGUAGGAGAUACCUUAGCAUCAGUCGUUGGUAGAAAAUUUGGCUCAAUUAAAUGGAAAGGAAGUGAAAAAUCGAUACAAGGUACAUUGGCAUUCAUCAUUGGCUCAUUGAGUGCAAUCAAUGCUGUGGAAUAUAUAAAUACUGAUAAUAAAAAGUAUUUGCCUGUCUCCAAUUGGGAGAACUUGUUUGUUUCAAUUAUAUUGGCCGGUUUACUUGAAGGUACAUCUGAUCUCAAUGACAAUUACUUGAUACCUAUUUUCCUCCCUGCAGCAUAUGAGUUGUUAAAUAGAUGCUAUUAG